CUAUAAAAUAAAUUCGUUGCUUCUCACGUCAUUGCACACCGGACAUGUCCUCAGACAAAAUUCGAAUCAAGGACUGGAUCCAGCCGCGCCAUCCUUCCAAAAUGCCGAGUCAAGCAGCCACAAAGAUCAUGAUAUGUGUGAGCCACAUAUUAUUGUCGAUUGAUACGAUCGUCAACGUCUGUGGCCCCAGCCGUCUCAAGGGACCCGAGGACGAAGGGUUGCCGGAAGCAUUUCCUGUCGUUCUUGAGCACCUAUCCACCACUGCCAGCGUUUUUUGUGCCAUCAAACGCCGUCUGAGUGAUCGGAACUGUGACAAAGACUCCAGGGAGCAAAAGGAAAGUUAUCCGAGCGUUCAACAACUCGUCGACGACUGCAGAACCAAAGCGACCAAGAUGGCAACAAUAUAUGAAGCAGUUGUGCCGGGAGACGCAAAGGGCCGCGAGACUCGUUACCGUCAGAAGACUUCGGUAGAUGAGACUGUCGAAGCACUGAUGAAGGAUAUGCUGGCAUCUAUGCUUCAGGUCGCAGAGUCUCCUCUUGGGCUCAUCAAAGAGAAAGAGCAAAACGAGUUAAAGGCAGCUCUGGAUUUAGUCGCAAAGCUGCCGCCAUCUUUAACGGAGGAAGAGCAGUUUGGAUACGUCUACCAUAUCAACAACAACGGCUCAGGGCUUCAGCCUGUUCACUCCGGGCGCGGACAUCAGCAUAUCUAUGGGCACAACAUGGGUGGGACCUUCCACGGGGCAACGCAUGUGUACUCUGCCAAACUUCACCAGGAGGACUGAGUUUGUAAGCAGUUGCCAAGUUGUAGAAAAGGAAGAGGAUGAAACCCGAUUUUGGUUGAUCGAGCAGAAAUACAAAUUGGUACUUCAG